AUGGGUGGCUCACAGCGUGUGUUCAAGUGGCGCAGGUGCCUGGUCAGAUGUUCCCUCUGCAGCGUGGCCGAGGCAGCAGCCUGGGUUAGAUCCCUGCCCUUGGAGGAUGGCAGGGCCGCYGCCAGCGGCGUGGCCGCGGCGCUCGAGGAGCCAGCCUGCGAGGAAGUGCGUCUGUUCAGCAACCUGCUCCCCGAGCACGAGGCCCAGGACAUCUGUGGGCUCCUCAUGGAGGAGAAGUCACAUCCAGUGCAUGUCGUGUGCCUCCUGGGAGAUCCUGAUGAUGAUGAAACAGGCAAACAAAAAGCGAUGGAAAAAAUAGCCCGGCAGUCUGGGGGGUCUUUUCAAGUGAUCAGACUCCCUCACGCUGCUUCUGAAAAGACAAGCUCYGUGUCCAUCUCUCAGGCCCAGUGUUGCCACACCGCUAGUAAAGAUUCCUGUGGCUCUUUGCCGUCAGCGUGUCCAGCAACAGACUUUUCCAGUGGUGUAUGGAGCCCAGAUUUCCUUGGAACACCUUUGGCACCCUCAGCACGAGAGAGUUUAAUCCGUUCAUCCCCAAAGGCUUCCAGUUUCAUGAGGGGAGCCCGUGUGCUGGCCAGGAGACAAACUGACGGCUACUACUACUUGGGCCACAUUGUGAAAGAGGCGACAGGCUCCAGGGAAGGCUUCCUAAUCGCCUUUGACAAAAGGUGCACGCUGACAAAAGGCAAGGCCCAGCCUCGCCUGCAGGAAACUCCGCUGUACGACRUCCUGCACUACGAAGACGCCAGGCGUCGGCCGCUGGCUCCAGGAGACAGGGUCCUGGCACCGUGGGAGGCCAAAGCCRAACGCUUCGGCCCGGGCACCGUGCUCGUGGUUACGGAGGACAAGGAGGCACGCUCAGGUACGAGGUACUGCCCUCCUGUUAGUGCUAGACUUGCUGCAGUUGCUAGCUGCUAUACCAAAAAGAGAACAGUCCCAGCUGUAGAGAACUUACCAACUGCUGCUUGGUUUUAAUUCCUCUUCUUUUUGUUGUCACUAAGCA